AUGAGAGAUGUGAAACACAACUUUGGUUGCACCAUCCAUUAUUCGAAAGCUUGGAAAGCAAGGGAGUUAGCUCUAUUGUCCAUUAGAGGAUCAGCGGAGGAGGCGUAUUAUAUCCUUCCAGCUUAUUGCUAUGAAUUGGAGCGUAUGAAUCCCGGCACAAAAACAGACAUCCGAACUGAUGAGAACAAUCACUUUGUGUAUUUAUUUAUGGCGGUUGGCGCAUGUAUUAGAGGGUUCCUUUCUUCCAUGCGCCCAGUUAUAGCCGUGGAUGCCACUCAUUUAAAAUCCAAGUACAAGGGUGUUAUGUUUGUAGCAAAUGCAUUCGAUGGUAAUCUAAAUAUAUAUCCUCUUGCUUUUGGGAUCGGGGAUUUGGAGACGGAUGCAUCAUGGCAUUGGUUUUUCACUAAACUUCAUGAAGCCAUUGGUGAGUGUCCCAAUCUUGCUAUUAUUUCUGAUCGCAAUGUUAGCAUAGAGAAUGUGUGGAACAAAAUUUUUCCAACUGCACAACAUGGCAUAUGCUUUUAUCAUAUGAAGGGGAACAUGAAACGCACUUGCAAGUUGAAAAAGCGUGAUCACAUACUUAUGCACUUUGAGAAGGCUGCAAAAUCUUAUUCCAUUGCUGAAUUUGAUUGUCAUUUUCGCAAGAUCAAGCGAAAGGAACAUGUUGCUCAAUAUCUUGAAGAGGCAGGGUUACAUAAGUGGUCUAGAGCUCACAUGGAUGGACGCCGCUACAAUGUAAUGGAACAUGUUGCUCAAUAUCUUGAAGAGGCAGGGUUACAUAAGUGGUCUAGAGCUCACAUGGAUGGACGCCGCUACAAUGUAAUGACAACAAAUAUUGCGGAGUCAAUCAACUCAGACCUUAGGUUUGCAAGAAUGCUGCCAGUGGUUCAUUUGAUAGGGGAAAUUGUUAAUCUCCUUGUGAAAUGGUUCACCGAACGUCGUGAGUUGGCUUUGAAUUGCACAACAACAUUGUGCCCCAAUUUUGGAGAGAAGAAGUUGAGGAACAGGUUGGAGGAUGCUGCAAGGAUGAAUGUGGUUAAAGUUAAUAAUGCACAAUAUAAUGUUUUGGACGGUGAUAUGGACGGCCUCGUAGAUUUGACGAACAACAGUUGUAGUUGUAGAAAGUUUCAGCUUGAGCAGCUACCUUGCAAGCAUGUAGUUGCAGUUUGCUGCUUCUUGAAAGUAAGUGUAUAUGCAAAGGCUUCUCGGUAUUACACUCGGAAAACCUGGAUGGAUGCUUAUUCGGAUAGCAUCUACCCGGUACAACCUCACGGAAUGUGGGAUACUCCUGAAGAUGUUCGAAGUCGAGUUGUGCUGCCUCCCAUGGCAAGGGUCAUGCCAGGCAGACGAAAGAAGUUAAGAAUUCCCUCGCAAGGAGAGGGCAGCAUUAGAAGAAAGUGCUCAAGGUGCGGUUCCGAAGGCCACAAUAAAAGCACCUGUAAAAACAAUAUUCCAUUGCGCAAUGUAUCUUAG